CUUUAAUUUCAGACAACCAUUCUCGUGUCCUGCUAAACCAGUCCACGAAUGCUUCAGGUUCCGACUACAUCAAUGCCAGCACCAUAACUGACCAUGAUCCAAAGAAUCCAGCAUAUAUUGCCACCCAAGGACCUUUGCCACAUACAGUUGCUGACUUUUGGCAGAUGGUAUGGGAACAAGGCAGUGUUGUAAUAGUGAUGCUGACCAAACUAACGGAGAAUGCUGACGCCAUGUGUCAUCGCUAUUGGCCAGAAGAAGGCAGUGAUCUUUAUCACAUUUAUGAGGUACAUCUGGUCUCUGAACAUAUCUGGUGUGAUGACUACCUGGUACGCAGCUUUUACCUGAAGAAUCUACAAACCAAUGAAACACGGACUGUCACCCAGUUCCACUUCUUGUCUUGGCUUGAUCUCUCCAUUCCGACAUCGGUGAAGGUUUUGCUUGAUUUCCGUCG